UUUGUGUUAAUCGUUGAUAUGAAAUAAUAUUGUUACUUCAUUUGAUAUUCCAUUUGAAAAUUCUGGUCGCGGACCAUUUGGCCGGGUGUCGACCGACUCGUGAAAAGCCAAAAAUCAAAUGUACUUACCUAACACCACUUAAGGUGUCUGACAAAUUAGGAGUUUAAGUUUAAUAGUAUUUAUAGUAAUAUUCAAUCGUAAUUAUUGUUCCUAGUCAAAAUGUGGGCCGAUACCAUUGUUAUUGUGUUCAUUUCUGUUUGUACAGCACUUUUCGGAGAAGGAUUAACAUGGUUAUUAGUCUACAGAACAGAAAAGUACCAAAAACUUAAAACAGAAAUCGAGAAAUCUAGUAAAAAAUUAGAAAAACGUAAAGAGGCACACGGAGACUCGGUUGACAAACAACAAAAGAAAAAAAUCGAGCGUGUUGAAGAGAAACUAAAAAUUAACAAUCGUGACUUAUCAAUGGUUAAAAUGAAAUCAAUGUUUGCAAUUGGAUUUGCAUUCACCGCAUUAUUAAGCAUGUUUAACAGCAUAUUUGAUGGUCGUGUAGUUGCGAGAUUACCGUUUACACCUAUUCACUGGGUUCAAGGGUUAUCGCAUAGAAAUUUGCCGGGCGAUAAUUUUACAGAAUGUUCAUUUAUAUUUUUGUAUGUAUUGUGUACAAUGUCUAUACGUCAGAAUAUUCAAAAAAUUCUUGGAUUUGCACCUUCUAGAAUGGCCAGUAAACAAAGUGGUGGCUUAUUUGGACCGCAGCCACAGCAAUUCAAGUAAAAUUUUAGAAAUAAUACAAUUUUUUUUUAAAUCUAAUUUUGGUAUAAAUUAGUACAAAAUAUGGUAUACUCAUUAAAAUCAGAAGCUUCAAUUGUGUAGGUAGCUGUAAAAUUGUAUGAAUGAUUUUUUUUUUUUUAAUAUUUCUAUAAUAUUUGUUAUUUAGGUGUAUUGGAAUGUUAAAGAAAUUGAUCUUAACUUUGUUCUUAAUUAAAUUGUACAAUUAUAAAUGUACAAAUAAUAAUUAUUUAUUUUCAUUGAUUAUUAGCAACAACAAUUAUGUAAU